UAUAAACACUGAGUCAUCAAACAACUCUUGUCAUUACAGAAAAAAGCCAACGAUCGGUUAUUCCCUCGUUUUAUAAGCUUCUCUCUCUACCUUCACACACACUCUUUAUCUUUGUAAACUUGAGCUUAGUCUUAUUUGUAUGGCCGCCAAUUCGAGCAGUCGAGGGAUCGUGAGCUUAGGGAAGCGAGUCGUCAACGAGAUCCGAGCGCGCGAUUCAACUCAGCUCUCUGCUCUCACUCUCAGGAGGGCCGCUCACGCCUCAGUCUACGACAAGAACCCUGAUGAACAGAGUCAACCCAGCAUUGUGCCAGACAAUGUGAUCCCGCCCCAACCUGACAAGUACUGGGCUCCACACCCUCAAACUGGGGUAUUUGGGCCUGCAGCUGAACAUAAUCAUACCGCAGGUGGAAAGGACGGCUCCUCGCCUGCCGAUAUUGGCGAGGGAGCCUCGGUGCUGGAGCAGAAGGCUUGGUUCCGCCCUACCAGCAUCGAGGACUUGGAGAAGCCUCACCUUCCCUGAGUCUGAGGCAAGACAAUUAUUAAUCAACCUUCCUAUUCUAUAAUAUACAGAUAUCCGUCCUUGCAAAGGAAUAUAUUACGAUAUUAAAAUAGAGAGAGAGAGUCGGUGAAUCAGUUAGAUAGGGAGUGUUGAAUAUGUAGAUUAAUCAUAUAAAUAAGGGUUAUAGGUAGGCGUGGUGCACGCCCUGCCUAUGCAGUAGUACUUGUAUUUUCUAUUGCGUGUUGUGUGCGCGCGAACUACUAUAUACAGAGAGCAGUGGGUUGAUGUUCAUAUAUCAUAAAUCAGAGAGCUUGAGUUGUUGUUGUUGACUGUAUGUUAUAUUAUUAUAUGCAACUUAAUUAUGUGCGUCCUAGUUAUUAUGGGCCGUGUUUCUGCGGUAUAUUGCUAUAUGAUACAUGGAUAUGCCUUUGAAC